CGCGUUAUAAAAAUCGCGCCCAUGAGUGGGUACCCUCCAGAACGCACAGGAGCAGAAAACGCCUGAGGACAACUUCUAUCUAAACCAUCCUUUAAACCCUCAACUCAAUAUGCAUCCUAACUUGGGUACCUGGAUGGGCGCACUGACUCUCCUCGUCUGGACCUUUAUAUGCAUCGGGACGCUCGCGGAAGGUUACCCGGUCAAACCUGAAAUCCCCGGCGAAGAGGCGCCGGCGGAGGAACUUGCCAAGUAUUACUCCGCUCUCAGACAUUACAUCAACCUCAUUACAAGGCAGAGGUAUGGGAAGAGGUCCAGCCCUGAUACACUGGAUUCACUGAUCUCAGAACUGCUGCUAAAGGAGAGCACAGAUACGCUCCCACAGUCCAGAUAUGAUGAACCGUCGUUGUGGUAACCGUGUCACUGUCCCCGCCCAGCACCCUACCAUUGCCACGACGAUAUACUGACCUCAACAACACGGCCGCCUCACCAUGGCCGAUGCCCCAUCCUAACAUCCCCAGCUAGCACCCAACCAUCCCCCUCUACCCCAUCCUCCAUCCAGAGGCUACUCCUGUGCCAGAUAACUAACUGCAUAUGUACAGAGUCUUAUUUAAGUCACCGGUACAUUGGUAAGUCAGGGGAGAGAAUUAUUGAGUGUAUGGUAAAACUGUGCUAUUAAAAAUUCAUUAUAUAACGGA